AUGGCAGGGGGUUGGUUAUCUGGUUCGUCCAUAAUUAGGCAAAAAUAUAGCCACUUUAAAUCUGGACUUGCAAAGAGCUUACAACUUAAGAGGAGUCAAUUGGAAGGGGAAAUCAGAAAAAUAUACGAGGGAGCGGGACAGCAGGAAUUAUCUGUCAUCUCACAGCUGUCUUCACAGGGAGUAGCGCCAAAAGUAUUUUCUCACUGCUUCAAAGGAGAUGACACUGGUGGGGGGAUACUGGUUCUUGGUGAGAUCGUGGAUCCUAACAUCGUUUAUAGCCCGCUUGUCCAAAAUCAGCCUCAUUAUAACUUAAAUCUGGAGAGCAUUAGUGUUAACGGCCAAACGCUAGCCAUUGAUCCAUCAGUUUUUUCAACAUCAAGCAACCAAGGAACAAUAGUUGAUUCUGGGACAACUUUGGCAUACCUUGCAGAAGAUGCAUAUGAUCCUUUUGUCAAUGCUAUAACAAGCGCUGUCUCACAAUCCGUGACCCCUGUUACCUCCCAGGGAGAACAAUGCUACAUAGUCACAUCCAGCAUCACUGGUAUAUUUCCUCAAGUUAACUUGAACUUUGCUGGUAAUGCAUCCCUGAUUCUAAGACCGGAGGACUACCUUUUGCAGCAGAAUACUGUUAGUGGUGAUGAAGUAUGGUGCAUUGGCAUCCAGAAAAAUGACGGUCAAGAUAUAACUGUAUUGGGAGACCUCAUCCUGAAAGACAAAAUCAUUGUCUAUGAUUUGGCCAAUCAACGGAUUGGUUGGACUCAAUAUGACUGUUCAACGUCAGUCAAUGUCUCUACAAAUACUAGCAGAGGAACUGCAUCUGUUAAUGCAGGGUCCAUAAACGUUAGCAGUUCAGCAUGCAGCGAACCUUUCAAACUCGUACCGAUAAGCAUGGUGGCUUUCCUUGUUCAGAUAUCAGUCAUUUACAUUUUCCCAUUCUUGUAGUACCUAUAGGCGUUUGGCCUACAUGACAGGAUUGUUUCUCAGGGAUGAGAUUAGCUCAUUGCACAUAUUGUGCAAUAGGUCUCUUACCAUUCUUUGUUUGACAAUACGUUGCAAGCGAUUCUGUAGGUUUUUCAUGAGUUCAGCAAGAUCAUACAAGCAGUUUUACAGCAGUCUGGCAGUUUGUUUGUAGCUGCUCACUGUGGAGCA